AAAUUAAAACGAGCAUUUCAGGAUCUCUCUUCUGCGGCGAGUAAAGAGCUUCAUGAAUGCCAGAGCUUCAUGAAUGCCAGAGCAACAACGAGUCUUGCCGGCAAAUUCUACUCAACGCUGAGUUGUCCACCGAUUUCAACCGAGUCGAGCCUCAUCUCCUACUAUUUUUCUCUUCUCCACUCUUCUCCGAACCCAAGGCAUCUCCGCCACCUCCAUGCUCGGUUGCUCACGACGUCUCUGUACAACAAUGUGAUCCUCAGUUCCAAGCUCGUUUUGAUGUAUUCCCGGCACCACAGACUCACGCCAGACUCUCUUUCCGUCUUCUUUCAUAUGCCGGAAAGGAAUAUCUAUUCUUGGAACAUCAUAAUCGGCGAGUUCUCCCGUUCGAAUUUCCCUGAGAAAGCAAUAUAUUUGUUUCGUCAGAUGUGGGGUAAUUCCGGCGUCAGACCAGAUGACCACACGCUUCCCCUUGUUUUAAGAGCCUGUGCGGGUUCGGGAGCCUUGACACUGAGCGUUUCCGUACAUGGGUUGUGCGUGAAAAUGGGCUGGGAAGCGAGUUUGUUCGUCGCUUCAGCUUUGGUUUUCAUGUAUGUUACUUUCGGGAAGUUACGUGAUGCCAGGGUGCUGUUCGACCAAAUGCCUAAAAGAGAUUAUGUCCUGUGGACGGCUAUGUUGGCUGGCUAUGCACAACAUGGGGAACCAACGUUAGGUUUGGAGGUGUUUAGGCAGAUGGUCGAUUCAGUUGUUGAGCUUGAUUGGGUAGUGGCGGUGAGCUUACUUUUGGUGUGUGGCCAAUCGGGGUGGCUUAAGCAGGGGAAGAGUAUUCAUGGGUGGUGUUUGAGGAGGGAUUCAAAAUUGGGUUUGAAUUUAGGGAACGCCAUUGUUGAUAUGUAUGUGAAAUGUUCGACAUUAAGCUACGCUCAUAGAGUUUUUAAUACAAUGAAUGAGAAAGAUGUAAUUUCUUGGAGCUCUCUCAUCCUGGGAUAUGGAUUGAGUGGCAACUUUAGCAUUGCUCUGAAACUGUUCGAUGAAAUGCUUGUGAGAGGGAUUAACCCCAAUGCCGUGACAUUUCUAGGCAUUUUAUCAGCAUGCGCCCAUGGCGGACUGGUAGAGUUAGCACGUUCAUGUUUCAAAACAAUGCAUGAUCAUGGGGUAACACCAGAAUUGAAACAUUAUGCAGCCAUGGCUGAUUGUUUGGCAAGAUCAGGGCUUCUGGAAGAGGCAGAGAGGUUUAUAGAAGAAAUGCCGAUUGAACCCGAUGCUGCCGUUCUCGGAGCCAUUGUUACAGGGUGUCGACUUCAUAAUAAUUUUGAGAUGGGUGAACGAAUUGCGGGGAAACUAAUCAGACUAGAGCCGGAGAAAGCUGGAAAUUACGUUCUGUUGUCUGACAUCUACGCCGCCGCGGGAAAGUUUGAUGAAUCUGAGAAGGUUAGGAAAUUGAUGAAGGAAUUGCAUGUAUCUAAGUUACCUGGGCGUAGCUUAAUUGAGUUGCAGAGUUUCUCUCUACCGGGUUUUGAAUCCGAUGAUCCACGAAGAGAAUCAAGCAGCUUUAAAUCGAGAAUCUUCUAACGCCGGCAGGCAAAUAAUCUGUAGCUACAAUACUCCAUGUUAGCGGAUGAAUUAAUUGGGGGCGGGGAUGUAACUGUUGGAAAAGGUAGAAUUUUUUUUUAAUUAU